CCCCCGCGGCCGUCAGGCCCCGGAAGCGCCAAAAAUUCCCCCCAAAAAUCCCAAAAAUCGCUAAAAAUCGCCCCAAAAAUUCGGGAAUUUCACCAAAAAUCCCCUCGGGGGGACCCCCCGGAGCGGCCAUGACGCUUUUUCACUUCGGGAAUUGCUUUGCGCUCGCGUAUUUCCCGUAUUUCAUCACCUACAAAUGCAGCGGCCUGUCCGAGUACAGCGCGUUCUGGCGCUGCGUCCAGGCUGGAGCCACCUACGUACUGGUGCAACUGGGAAAGAUGCUGUUCUUGGCCACUUUUUUCCCAACCUGGGAAGGACCCUCGGGAGGCUACGACCUGGUGGGGGAAUUUCUGCGGGCCACAGUUGAUGUUGCUGACCUUGGGGGGCUGCAGUUGGCGCUGGGCCGGGGCGGGGGCCGGGGCGAGCUCCGGAUCCUCGUGGCCGCUCUGGGCUGGGCCAGCGCCGAACUCCUCACGGCCAGGUGUGUCCCCCUCUGGGUGGGGGCGCGGGGGGUGGAGUUCGACUGGAGGCACCUCCAGAUGGGGCUGGACUCCAACAUCAGCCUGGUGCGCCACGUGGCCGCGGCCGCGCUCCUUUGGGCCUCGGGGCGCCACGACCUCCCCUCCCCCCUGCGGCUGCCCCUGGGGGGGCUCCUGGCGGCCGCCGCCUACGAGGGAUUCCUGAUCGGGUGGGCGGGGCAAGCGCUGGGCCUGGGCCCCUGGGGGGCGCUGGGGCUGCGGGCGCUGGGGGCGGCGGCGCUGGGGCUGGGGGCCAUGAGGCUGCUGGUGCCCCUGCUGCCGCCCCCCUGAGCCACCUGGGCACACCUGGGGGCACAAAAUGGGGAAAAACAGCGAAAAUUUGGGGAAAAAACGGUGAAAAUUUGGUGAAAAUCGGUGAAAAUUUGGUGAAAAUCGGUGAAAAUUUGAGGAAAAUCCGCAAAAAUUUGAGUGUUUGGGGACACCUGGGCACACCUUGGGGCCAUGAGGCUGCUGGUGCCCCUGCUGCCGCCCCCCUGAGCCACCUGGGCGCACCUGGGGGCACAAAAUGGGGAAAAACAGCGAAAAUUUGGGAAAAAAACGGCGAA